UACGUUUUUAAGAAACAACAUUUGAUCUCAAAAGAACUUUGUAAUUUAGUCCAAUUGGUAAUCACCAAAUGAAUUCCGCCUUUCCUCUUCUUCUUCUUCUUUCUUUAGUUACAUUCUUCUCUUCAAAGUUCUGCUUUGGCAGUACCGAUACAAUCACCUCAACAGAUUUCAUCAAACACCCUUCAACCAUAAUUUCCAAUGCCGAUUCCUUCGAAUUGGGCUGGUUCUCACCUCCUAAUUCCACAGCACAAUACGUCGGAAUUUGGUACCAUCAAAUUUCCAUACAAACUCUAGUAUGGGUUGCUAACAAAGACACCCCUCUCAACAAUACUUCCGGAAUUUUCACCAUCUCCAACGAUGGAAAUCUUGUGGUCUUAGACGAAUACAACACCAUCAUUUGGUCUUCAAAUAUUACUUCACCCACAGCCAAUACAACCGCUCGAAUUCUGGAUUCAGGCAACCUUGUCUUGGAAGAUCCUGUUUCCGGGGUUUUUAUUUGGGAGAGCUUCCAACACCCUUCCAAUUUACUCUUGCCUUCCAUGAAACUUAUCACAAACAAGAGAACUCAACAGAAGCUCCAAUAUACCUCAUGGAAAACCCCUUCCGAUCCAUCUAAAGGUAACUUUUCUUUAGCGUUGGAUGUUAUUAAUAUUCCUGAAGCUGUUGUUUGGAAUAACAAUGGAGGUAGCCCAUAUUGGAGAUCUGGUCCAUGGAAUGGUCAGAGUUUUAUCGGCUUCCCCAAUAUGAUAUCUGUUUAUCACAUUGGAUUUAGUCUUAUGAUUGAAGAUCAAACUUAUUCUUUCUCAAUUUUUUACAAUAGCAACUUACUUUACAACAUGGUAUUAAGUCCAGAAGGGAUUUUGGAGCAACAGUUCUGGAAUGAAUCGAAGGGAAAUUGGGAAGUGAGUUGGUCGGCUUUUAGAACAGAAUGUGAUUAUUACGGUGUUUGUGGGGCGUUUGGGGUAUGUAAUGCAGAAGCAAUCCCUGUUUGCAGCUGUUUAACAGGGUUUAAACCGAAGGUGGAAGAUGAAUGGAAACGAGGAAAUUGGAGUAAUGGGUGUGUGAGAAUUACGCCAUUGCAAUGUGAGAGCAGCGCUAGAAACAACAGUAGAGCUGAGGAAGAUGGAUUUCUGAAAUUGGAAAUGGUUAAAGUUCCAUUUUUGGUAGAGUGGUCGAAUUCGUCUACUUCAGGAAGUGAUUGCAAACAAGAGUGCUUUGAGAAUUGCUCGUGUAGUGCUUAUGCAUAUGAAAAUGGCAUUGGUUGUAUGCUAUGGAAAAAAGAGUUAAUUGACGUACAAAAAUUUGAAAGCCUUGGAGCCAAUCUUUAUCUUCGACUAGCCAAUGCAGACUUGCUCAAAAUUAAUGAUGUAAAGAGAAAGAGUAAAGGAAUGAUUAUAGCCAUAGUGCUACCAACAAUACUUGUGAUCUUCAUCAUUCUUGCCAUAUACUUCUGGUGGAGAUGGAAGGCUUACAAAAAUGAAUAUAGCAGAAAAGGGAAUAGACUGAAGUUGAGAACGGAUGACAUGAUUGGGGACAAAAGUGAAUUCAAAGAACUACCUCUUUAUGAUUUUGAGAAGCUGGCAAUCGCAACAGACAGUUUUGCUUUAAGUAAGAAACUUGGACAAGGUGGUUUUGGUCCUGUAUAUAAGGGAACAUUGUUAGAUGGACAAGAAAUAGCAAUAAAGAGGCUUUCAAGAGCUUCUAAUCAAGGGUAUGAGGAAUUUAUAAAUGAAGUGAUUGUGAUUUCAAAACUACAACAUAGAAAUCUUGUACAGCUUCUCGGUUGUUGCAUUGAGGGAGAAGAGAAGAUGCUAAUCUACGAGUACAUGCCCAACUCAAGUUUGGAUGCAUUUAUCUUCGGUUCUGCUAAACAAAAACUCUUGGAUUGGAGAAAAAGAUUUAACAUCAUCAAUGGAAUUGCUCGAGGCCUCCUUUACCUUCAUCGAGAUUCAAGAUUGAGAAUUAUUCAUAGGGAUUUGAAGGCAAGUAAUAUUUUACUAGAUAAAGAUAUGAAUCCUAAAAUUUCGGACUUUGGUAUGGCAAGAAUCUUUGGUGGUAAUGAAGUGGAAGCUAACACUAUAAGAGUUGUUGGAACUUAUGGAUAUAUGUCACCUGAGUAUGCAAUGCAAGGUCAAUUUUCGGAGAAAUCGGAUGUUUUUAGCUUUGGAGUUUUAUUACUUGAAAUUAUAAGCGGAAAAAAGAAUACAGGGUUCAACAACCACGAACAUGCUUUAAGCUUAUUGGAAUUCGCUUGGAAGUUGUGGAUAGAAGACAAUCUUAUCGCUUUGAUUGAUCCAACAAUAUAUGAAUUGAGUUAUCAUUUAGAGAUUUUGAGGUGCAUCCAAGUGGGUCUUUUAUGUGUUGAAGAAUCUAUAAAUGAUAGACCAAAUAUUGUUACCAUUCUUUCAAUGCUCAACAGUGAAAUUGUGGAUCUUCCUCUUCCAAAGCAACCAAGCUUUAUUGCUAGACCAACUCAGAGAGAUUCAAGGAUAUCUCAACAAUGUGUAAAUAAAUAUUCUACAAAUAGUCUUACUGUGACCUCAGUUAUAGGUCGAUAGUAAUGUAAUCUUUGUUUGUGCAUGUAAGAGUUCAAAUAUCUUGUUUUAAUAUAAAUGUUGGUUAGAACAA